AUGCUCCUGAGAUAUAAAGUUACCAUAAGAGUCUCUGAUGCGACUGGGAAUGCAGCUUUCCAACUAUGGGAUUGUGAAUGCAAUGAUUUAUUUGGAAAAUCUGCAUCUGAAUUAAAAAAAUCUUAUGUGGAGGAUGAAAUGGAUUCGUUUCCCCCAGAAAUGAAUGUUGUAGUUCACCAAACCCUUCUGUUUAAGGUUCAAUAUUCUACAGAUCCCAUUAAAGCAAUUGUGGAAAGCACGUAUCCAUCAUUCUCAAGUAUAAUUGAUGAUCCAUCGUACUUACAAAAAAGGGCGAUAUUGGCACCAACACUUGACGUGGUACAUUCUGUAAAUGAAUAUAUGAGUUCUUUAAACACGUCUGAUGGAAUUACAUAUUUGAGUUGUGAUAGUACUUGCAAAUCUGAUUCUAAUGUUGAUAUGUUAGCUGAUGUUCACAGUCCAGAAUUUUUAAAUGGAAUCAACUGUUCAGGUGUACCCAAUCAUGCAUUGACAUUGAAAGUUGGCACUCCAGUUAUGCUAUUAAGAAAUAUUGACCACUCAAUUGGUUUAUGUAAUGGCACAAGAAUGGUAAUUACUAAACUUGGAAACCAUGUUCUAGAAGCAAGGAUAUUGUCCGGAACCAGUGCAGGCCUAUUCUUGAAAAAACCUGUCUUUAGUCAUGGACAAUUAUAUGUUGCAGUUUCUAGGGUCACUACUCCAGAAGGGCUGAAAAUAUUGAUUUGUGACAGUGAAAGCACCAGAAAAACUUUAACAGCAAACAUUGUAUACAAGGAAGUUUUUCAGAAUUUGUAA